AUGCUGGGGGCUAUGUUUAGGGCCGGCACCCCCAUGCCCCCCAACCUCAAUUCCCAAGGAGGCGUCCACUACUUCAUCGACAGGGAUGGCAAGGCCUUCCGGCACAUCCUCAAUUUCCUGAGGCUAGGCCGUCUGGACCUGCCCCUCGGGUAUGGAGAGACAGCGCUUCUCAGGGCAGAGGCUGAUUUCUACCAGAUCCGGCCCCUCCUGGACGCGCUGCGGGAACUGGAGGCCUCUCGGGUGACCCCUGCGCCCACAGCUGCCCUGCUCCACGCAGAUGUAGAUGUCAGCCCCCGCCUCGUGCACUUCUCUGAUCGCCGGGGACCCCAUCACUAUGAGCUGAGCUCUGUCCAGGUGGACACCUUCCGAGCCAACCUCUUCUGCACUGAUCCUGAGUGUCUACGUGCUUUGCGGGCCCGAUUUGGUGUGGCCAGUGGGGAUAGGGCAGAGGGGAGCCCACAUUUUCAUCUGGAGUGGGCCCCCUGCCCCGUGGAACUCCCGGAGGCAGAGUAUGGGAGACUGGGACUGCAACCACUGUGGACUGGGGGGCCAGGAGAGCGGCGGGAGGUGGUGGGCACGCCAAGCUUCCUGGAGGAGGUGCUGCGGGUGGCUCUCGAGCAUGGCUUCCGCCUAGACUCUGUCUUCCCCGACCCCGAAGACUUGCUCAACUCCCGGUCUCUGCGCUUUGUCAGGCACUGAGGACGCUGUUCUCAUUUUGACUCUGGGAAGAGAGGGAAUGGGGCAGUUAAUGGGGUACUGGCACCCCUGAAGCCUCUUUCCAGCUCUGCUUCAAGAGCUAUGAGAGUCAGGACUCCCCUGCACCUGACUGAAGCUCAGAUAUGGGCAGGAAUUCCCAAAAAUGAGCCCACCAAGGACUCACAGGGGUCCAGAAGGUCUCGACUGGUGCAGAUCCUCGGAGGGGCAGGGAAGGUUCUCUUGGCUUGUUCUCACCUAAGGCUGGGGACCUUCAAUCUCUCAUUGAUUGGAGCUCAGUGUUUAAGGGCCUGGAAAAGUGGGGAACACCUCUUUACCCAGACUAAUCCUGGCAAAACCCUGGAAGGAUAUUGAGGUCUGGGGAAAAGGGAGGACUUGUCAUUGCCCCAUGCAGUCUCCUGGACCAUGGCUUCUCCUCCUGAAGCUGGGUGGCCUGGCCUGACCAAUGAGACGCCAGAACACUCUGGAACAAGGGAAGAGGGGUUCUUUGCUGUGUUCCAAGCCAUCUACUGAGGGAGACAGAAAGGCCACACCCCACCCUCCGUUGAUGUACGGGAGCUGGGAGAGUCCCCAUGGCAAUGGGGCUGGAGCAUCCCUCAUCUGGAAGGAUCCCAUCUUGGUGGUGCUGGCCAUGGGGAAGAGGGUAGUAUCUGCUGAGUCCUUGGCCUUCCUUUGUGUGUGCCUGCACAUCAGCCAGUGUGUCUGACUGAUGCAGAGGUCCCUGGCAUCCUGGUUCCCAUCUGUGUUGCUGACUACAGUGUCUGUGAUGUCUGCCUGUCCAGGCCUAUUUGGGGUUGCCCAGCAACUAUUCUGGCCCAGGGUGUGUCUGUAGUAUGUAUGUGAGGAGGUUGACAAUUAGUCGUUUAAUCACAGGAUGUGUGUGUGUGUUUACGUGCACGCAUGCAUAUGCAUCACUAUGCAGCCAGGAGGGGCCUGUUGGGGUUUGAGUCACUGGGAUCUUCCCCGUGAGAGGUAAGAGAAGUCACUGGGCUUAGCUGGGCCUCUGAGGCCUGUAUAGAACUCUUGGUUGCUGCGGCAACCAUGGGCCUGUUGCUAGGAGAUAGCUGGGAAGGCCCAAGGCGGCCUAGGGCAGAGAGAGGAGACAAGAGUUUGGGGCGGUGGAGGAGGAGAUGGAAAGGGAUGGGAUUUCUGGCUCCCUGAGCGGAUGGGAUACUUGUGCGCAGCUUCUUCACUGGGGGUGUCACACAUUAUUUAUCACUGGUCAUGAUUUACAAGAAGAAAAAUAAAUGGCUUUUGGAACCACAAAA